GAAAUCUGAAGUUUCGACUGGUAUGGUAGAACUGUAGAAGCGCAACUGCGCAAGGAAAAGUGCGAUUGCGAGGUAGACAAGCUAGGGUAGCAAACAACAAUGGAGGAAAACAUAGCCAAAAUGAGCAAAAACUUGUCUCAUUUCUGCAACAAUCUUCAAUCAACUACCGACGCUUUCAAACAAUCUCUCGAUCGCCGUCCAAUUCCAUUAGAUUCAGCGUCGACGACAUUCAUUCAAACCCUAAACAAGAGAGUAGUAUCUUUGACGGAAGACCUCAAUUUGCUGGAAUCAAUGUCACUUGGUACUGUUUCUUUUGAAGAGCUUCUAGGUCAUUGUAAUCAGCUUUAUAAACUUAAUCACUCUCAACUUCUUCACCUUCAUUCCACCCUUCAAUCUUUGUCCUACAUUUCCCCAGAUGAUGGAGUUGUUGAUCUUGAAGAGGAUUUUAUGAAUCAAAGUAGUUGUGCUACUCCUCGUCUUGAAUCCCAGUUUCACACUUCUUCUUAUGAUUCUAUCACUAACAAUUUGGAUGAUGAUGCUUUAUUCGAGAAUUCGCCUAGCUUUCGAAAACUUGGGCUCUCUGAGAUGUUUCUAGCCACACUUGCUUCUGGAGGGGUUCGCAAACGUGAUGUGCUUGAUAGUCCACCAAGUCUUCAUACAUUGGAGGUCCAGAACCAUGGUGUUCCAACCACCUUUAACAAAAUUGGUAGAGAAGAGAGAGAUGAACCCAAGAAAAGUGAAACUUCCAAUUUGAUACUUGUUUCUGAUGAAGACUAUGAGAAUCUUCCUUCUUAUAUGAAAAGUGUAGUUCCAUUGAAGGAUCUACAGUCUGCAGUUGAAAAGAUGAAUUCCUUUCUACUCAAUAAAGGAUAUGCAAAAGAGAACUGCUUCCACCCUCAGGACCUAAAAACAAUGGGACUAGGGAAUAAAGGAAGAUCAUAUGUCUUGUCCCUUGUACAAAUGAAGCGGCUGAAUGUAGAGACUAAAAACGGAUUAAUAUCUUAUAGAGUUCUUUAGUCUGUUGAAGCGCCGUUAAAAACUUAACAAAGUUGAAGAUAUCAAGGCUUAGUGUUUUAAAAUCUAAAACACACCAUUGAUAGGCCCUUUUAAAUAAAUAGAAUAGAAAUAGAUUUGCUACUUUUUGUUGGUGAGUUGUUCAUGUUUGUAUUACACUUUGACGAAUUAUCAAUUUACUGCAUGUCUUCACUUUUUAAA